CGCGUUUCCGAGCCGCGUUCGCCCCGCGUCGAAGAUGAAGUCAAACGCGAGCUGGCGUCAGGUGCAAGCCGCAUCCGAUGGAGCCCUGCUUUCCGUCUCGUCCGUCGACCAAGCCGAUGCAGCACUUCCCUCGGUUGCGGUCCCAGCUGACAGUUUCUGAUAUGGACUAUGAGAGGCCAAACGUUGAGACUAUCAAGUGUGUGGUGGUGGGGGACAAUGCGGUCGGAAAGACUCGCCUCAUCUGCGCCCGGGCCUGCAAUGCCACGAUGACUCAGUACCAGUUACUGGCUACACAUGUGCCCACGGUCUGGGCCAUUGACCAGUACAGAGUAUGCCAGGAGGUACUGGAGCGCUCCAGAGAUGUAGUGGAUGACGUUAGCGUGUCCCUAAGGCUCUGGGACACUUUUGGAGACCACCAUAAGGACCGUCGUUUUGCAUACGGCAGAUCUGACGUGGUGGUGUUGUGCUUCUCCAUCGCCAACCCCAACUCUCUGUACCACGUGAAGACCAUGUGGUACCCAGAGAUCAAGCACUUCUGUCCCCGUGCCCCUGUUAUCCUGGUAGGCUGUCAGCUGGACCUGCGCUACGCAGACUUGGAGGCGGUAAACAGGGCUCGACGUCCCUUAGCUAGACCUAUUAAAUCCAAUGAAAUUCUUCCUCCGGAGAGAGGCCGGGAGGUGGCCAAAGAACUGGGAGUGCCAUAUUACGAAACGAGCGUCGUCGCCCAGUUUGGAGUAAAGGACGUCUUUGACAAUGCUAUUCGAGCCGCGCUCAUCUCACGCCGCCACCUCCAGUUUUGGAAAUCUCACCUCAGAAACGUCCAGCGGCCUCUCCUUCAGGCGCCCUUCCUGCCGCCGAAACCCCCCCCGCCCAUAAUCACUGUGCCUCCUCCGCCGACGACCACCGAGGAGCAUCCCGUCGGCCUCCUGGAGGACCCGCACUGCGCCGACGUCAUCCUGGUCCUGCAGGAGCGGCAGAAGAUCUUUGCGCACAAAAUAUACCUGGCCACGUCCUCCUCGAAGUUCUACGACCUGUUCAUUAUGGACACGCAGAGCGAGGAGGCCGAGAGGCCCCCUCGCGGGCCCCUGUCUGGCCGAGAGCUGCUGAUGCGCGCCGCCAGCUUCGACGUCUGCGAGAGCAACGACGAGGGCGACAGGGCCAACCUGAGGGCCUGCACCAGUGACGGGACCCUGAAAGACUCCGAGGGAGGCCGGCGGGGCAGGCUGCUCUCCUCGUGGAGCCGAGCCUUCGUAAGCAUCCAGGAGGAGCUAGUGGACGACCCCCUGACGUACACCCCCAGGGCCAUGACUGUGGUGCACAUGGAUCAGUCCAUGCAAAUCGGCCCCUUCCGAGCGGUCCUUCGGUACCUGUACACAGGUCAGCUGGACGAGAACGAGAAGGAGCUCAUGCACAUUGCGCACAUCGCUGAGCUGCUGGAGGUCUUUGACCUGAGGAUGAUGGUGGCGAACAUACUGAACAACGAAGCCUUCAUGAACCAAGAAAUCACCAAAGCCUUCCACGUACGGCGCACAAACAGAGUCAAGGAGUGCUUGGCCAAAGGCACGUUUUCUGAUGUUAUAUUCAAGCUAGACGAUGGGACGAUCAUGGCCCAUAAGCCUUUGCUCAUCUCUAGCUGUGACUGGAUGGCAGCUAUGUUUGGCGGCCCGUUUGUAGAAAGCUGCACCAAAGAGGUGCUGUUUCCCAACACAACACGCAGCUGCAUGCGGGCUGUGCUAGAAUAUCUCUACACGGGCCGGUUCUGCUCUCGGCCUGACCUGGAUGCGAUGGAGCUCAUUGUCCUUGCCAAUCGUCUCUGCCUCCCCCACCUCGUUGCCCUUACAGAACUCUACACAGUGACAGUAUUGACAGAGGCAGCGAUGAUGGGGACUGACAUCGAUGGAGAUGUGCUAGUGUACCUGGAUAUGGCCCAGUUCCACGGAGCCCAGCAGCUCACUGGCUGGUGUCUUCACCACAUCUGCACCAACUACAACAGUGUUUGUCGCAAGUUUCCCCGAGACAUGAAGGCCAAGUCUGCAGAGAACCAAGAAUACUUUGAGAAACAUCGCUGGCCGCCUGUGUGGUACCUGAAAGAAGAUGACCACUACCAAAGAGCGCGCAAGGAGCGAGACAAGGAGGACUACCUGUACCAGCGGCGGCAGUGCAAGCGCAAGUGGCUCUUCUGGAACCUUCCCUCCUCCCCUAAUUCGAACUCUCCCUCUUCUGGUUCGUCUGCUGUGAUCUGAUUAAUGGUGGGGCCCUGGUUCACUACUGUAUGAUGCCAGUAGUAAAAGGUCCAGUAACAGUAAAGCGCUCCAGGCACAACAUUUCUCCUCCUCCUCCUCCUGUUUGUUCGGCUCUGCAGUCGAACCCUCCUCCUCCGUCUGGAAGCUAAAUGAACGGCUAAUUUAUUCCAGUUUCUCAAUUCUCAGUGACUCUCUGACAAAAGGCACAGUGAUGCUGACGCAAACAGCACCUCGUCGCGAUUGUUACGUGUUCCACCGCAUCAGUUUUAACAUUUUUAAAAAUCAGGAAUCUGCUGGCACAGAACUGUCCGCUCACAAGGAUAACUAUCGAUAUCGAACCUUAACUAGUAACCAAGUGCUGCUUAUCAGCUGCAACAACCAGCAAUUCAACACGGAACCUGCAUCUCAGAGAUAUAUGACACUUACAAGUGUUUGUACAAUCUACCCAACCACAGUGUGUGCAUAGUAUGGGCUCAUUACCAGGAUGUGAUGGCAUUGUGUCCUGCUAGGAGUCAGUUACUGGACUCGUUUAUUCAUUCUGAUUAUCAUCAUGUGUGCAAACUUGGAAAAAAAAACAUGCAAGCUUAUUAUGUAGUCCGUGCUAUUGAAUGUUUCUGUAGAGGUAGAAGUUGUGAGUCUGGACACACUCAGUAUUUACGUACAGUAUCGUGGUCUCGUAGUUUUGUGGCCUCUUGUCACAUAAGGGCUUUAGUUUACAUGAAUGCGUUUAGCAUCGACUGGAAAAUGCCAGCAAAAUGAAGCUAGUUUCUGUACGUUUUGCUUCAUGAGGCCUAUUAUCACAUCAUUUGUUGAGUCGAUAUCAUUCUGGAAGGAAACUACAAUACAUUGACUUGUAACCACUGGCAGUAUUUCCAGAGCCGACGUGUCUACGUGUAUAUUACUAUUCGUUCAACGGUGGUGAUUUGACCUUCAGAGAUGCAUCCUGGACGAUGUGAGGAUGCUCCACGGUUGCCCAAAAGGGCAGGAGGCUUCACUGGCCAUGUGAAGUCAUCUAGGCCUCAAGCACUUUCUGGACUCCUCUGCACAGAGACUUCAAUAAAGUGACUUCAAGGACAGUAUGACGUCACAACGUGCUGCGGCAGACUUUAACAAAACUUGGGGAGAGAGGGAUAAUAAUGUGUGAAGAAGGUUUAGAUUAAAUCACUGUAUUUACUGGUGUUGAUGAUGGAUGAACUGGAAGACUUGGUGCUUGGUGGGGGGAUGAGUAGUCUUGUAAAUUGUACAAAAUAUCAAAUGAACUGCAAGUAACUUGCAUCACUAGCGAGCACUGCAGGCAGUGAGCAGUAUCCUACAGUAUUACGCAGUAAUACACAGACUGAAUAUAGACUUGACUGGUUCAACUUGCAGUUAGUUACAGUGCAGCUACAAACUAUUGUUAUAAACACCCAAUACUCCAGUUCCAUUUAUCAUGCAACAAUAUACAUGCAAAUUACAGGCAGUUCAAAUGUGUUCAAAUAGUUGACUUUUAGUAACAUAGUAUUAAAGUUAAAAGUACAGCAAUUUAUAUAUAAAUGACAUUAUUAAGACUUAUAUACAUGGUAAAACACACCAUACAUAUGGAGAGCCUUCUCCGAUUGCCGCAUUUGAAGCAUAUGUUGCCUUAGUCCUGUACAUGUUCAUACUGUACUACCAUUCAGAUGUUACAGUAGAUAGUGGCCAACAAAGAGCUAAUCAUUCUUACAAUGACAAAUCAAAUGUCUUUUUUGCACAAACUCCGGAUCUGAGAAGUACACUGCAUGAAUAGGGCUCACCCAGAUUCAGUGUUAUUUAAUGUGUAAACAUAGGCAUGGAGGGUGCUGGUGCUCUAAGCAGCUUUAAAUUACUUACUCAGACUCUCUCUCAUUCUUUUGGUCUAUUGCUAUUUAAACAUACUGCAGGACUUUGAGAAGUUCAAUUGUUUUGGCCUAAAUGCUUCAAAAGCGAUAGACUUUGUUCUCUUUGAGAGACUGCUUCAUUCUGAUUCUGAAGGUUUUCUUUUCUUAAGGAAUUGAAGUCCCUUUUCCCACCAAACACAGUUUAUCACACUAGUUUACCUCCAGGAGGCUCUGCAUUGUUAUGAUUUGCCUUAGUGGUGUGGAGUUCAUGGACAUGCGUUUCAUUCCUCGGCGCAUUUGCAUUUCUCACUGAACCUUCUGCUGAUGUUCUGCAUCAACAACACCUCAUGCCUUAAUGUACAGUGCAGUGUGUUGUAUCUAACGUGUUAUUGUGUUUGCUCUAUGUUCAGUUGUCAUGGUGCUCGCCAGGCUGUGUGUGUGUGUGUGCGUUCGUGUGUUCGAACAUGUACAUAAUGCAUCAGUUGGAUGUAUAGCAAUCAAUCUGUGUGCAAUUUGAGGAGUCACUCCUUGAACGCUGCGUAGAGGUUGCAUGUUCUUUAAAUUCCAGACUCUGACCGUCAAGGCCACACUAGACUCACACAGUAACAAAACCAUCAAAUUGUGACAUAAACCACAAACCGAAUGCAGGGAUUUAAAAUUUGCUUCAUUAUCUUAAAGCUGCUCGAUGCUAAUGACCUGACCCUGAUUUGGAGUCUGCAGAAUAAAAAGAAAUGCUGACGCAGCAUCGUGAGCCUCAGAGGUUAGAUUGUAACUCAAACAUGUAAAUAUUAAAUAUGACAACUUGCAAUUUGAAUCUUGGCAUAGAACCUGAUACAAGCUACUGGAUGAUUUAACGUAUAUAGUUUUUGUACUAUGCAUAAACCUUGAAUCUAAAAUCUUGCACUGCUUUGUAGCACCAGGUUCAAAACUAACUGCAAAGGAGGGUGUUGCAAAAUCGCUAGAGAUGUAGACGACGGCAGGACAAAACUUUGGAUGAUCAAUUACAAUGAUGUUGUCGCUAUGGGGCCCUGCUCUGUAUGUAUGGGUGCUAAUAUCACCGCUGCAGAGAAGCACAAACCAAAGGGAGCUGAAGCAGCACCAGGAAUAUGUUAUAUAUGCUGCACAAUCACUACCGCAUAGUUUAAGAGGCCUUGUUCAGAAAGGGUGGAAAAUGAAACAAAAGUCAAUAAACGAAAAGAAAAACAACUUGAAUGUUUUCUCAGUGUUCAAAGCCUGGAUGACCUUUUCUUUCGUCAUCAGGUAUUUUUGUUCUCAGAAGCUGUUUUUAUUGUUUGAGAGCUGUAAAUCUGAAAUUCUGUAGCAUGUGAUCUUCAAAAUAUGUGAAUAACAUUUACUAAAUUAAAAAAACGAGCAACUAUUAACUUUUGA